GUAACGCGCGCGUUAAAGCUCGCCUGUAUAUCGUGUUUAUUUACGUUUUCAGAUUUGUGGUCGAGGUCACACAUGUUUAUAAAUGGCCAUCAGUUCUCAACAUUAUAGUUGCUCUUGAAUUUUUCAAGUUUACGACACUCGAUUAACAGUGCAGUCUACGUCACCCAUACCUCAAGCAAGGCACGUCUUAGUGAUUAAGGCUUCCAUCCAAACAGAAACAAGGACUUUUAACCAACUUUACCAUCCGAGGUAUUGAAGCUGGGGAGCUUUUCGACGUCAUGUCUCGAUCUCCUAUCCUUCUGUAUGCCCUACGCCACAGCGGUAAGCAUGCCGCGGUUCCAACCGCCUUGAAACACUUACCGCGUCGGGCUGCUUCUAGCGGCGUAACCGCGUUCAAGACCAGACCGGAAGGAAAUACCGUGGAUCUCACGCAGCAGUCUAUUGUGUUGCCGGGACCUGAGAAAAUUCGUGUAGCUUCUUACAUGAACGAGGCAUGCUACAAACCAAGCCAGUUCUUCAGUGAGGUCUCCACAGUGUAUGAGGCGUUCAAGAGAGGACAGAAAGUAUCAAAUGAUGGCAACUUUCUGGGAGCUCGCACCGGUCCCAAUAGAUCCUACGAAUGGAUGUCGUAUUCACAGGCGGAAGAGAAAGCUCGACUGCUGGGAUCGGGACUGAUGGCCCACGGGAACCAACCAGGAUCGUGCGUUGGUAUCUUCUCUCAAAAUAGACCAGAGUGGACUAUUUCAGACCUAGCGUGCGUCCAUUAUUCCAUGAUAUCAGUGCCUCUAUACAACAGUCUGGGAUGGAAAUCGUGCAGAUACAUCGUCAACAAAACGUUAAUGUCGACCCUCAUCGUCGAUACCGUCGAAAAAGCGACGUCGAUCAUCGACCACGCCGAUGCGAUGCCCUCGUUGAGAGUCGUGGUCGUUAUGGACCUCCCUGACGAGGGCACAAGUGACCUCAGACAACGGUACACGGCGCAGGGAAUCGAGUUGUGCACCUUCGAGGAGGUGUUACGUCACGGUGCGCAAAAGCAAGCCGAUCUCGUCCUACCGUCGCCAAAUGAUAUCAACACAAUCUGCUUCACAAGCGGGACCACAGGUUUGCCGAAGGGUGUCCCACUCAAACACAAGAAUCACAUCGCCAACCACUCAGCUAUAUUUGCUACAUACCAGGACAGUGAAAUGAUGGAUCAUGCCGAUGUUCACCUAUCCCUCUUGCCCUGUCCUCAUGUCUACGAGAGGGGCAAUAUCUACAAUGUCAUGACAAUGGGUCUCCAGGUCGGUUUCUUCAGCGGUGAUAUAUUAAAACUCAUCGAUGACGCACAGGAACUCAAACCAACAAUCUUCGCAGCAGUGCCGAGAUUAUACAAUCGACUCUUCGAUAGAAUUCGGACAACUGUAGAUAGCGGCAGCACCAUCAAAAAAGCAAUAUUCAACCAUGCUCUCAAUCAGAAAAUGAAAGAUCUCGAACAGGGUACACUGAGUCGAGAUACAGUUUGGGACAAGCUAGUCUUCAAGAAGGUUCAGGAGAUUCUCGGCGGAAGGUUACGGUACAUGUACACGGGUGGCGCCCCGAUCUCUGGCGAGGUGAUCACAUUUCUCCGGUGUGUAUUCGGCUGCUCGUUUGUGCAAGCCUACGGUCAGACAGAGACAACAAGCUGCAUGACACACACGCUGCCGUCUGAUACGACAAACGGUCACAUCGGGCCUCCCGGGGGUGGGGUGGAGAUCAAGCUGAUCGAUGUGCCGGAGUUGGACUACUAUGCCGACAACAACCAAGGAGAGAUCUGUGUCAAAGCAGCGAAUGUAUUUGAGGGUUACCUUGACAACCCCGAGUUGACAGCUGAAGCAUUGGAUGAGGAUGGCUGGGUGCACUCAGGAGAUAUUGGAGAGUGGACAGAGACUGGGACACUGAAACUGAUCGACAGGAAGAAACACAUCUUCAAGAUGUCUCAAGGUGUUUACAUCGCUCCAGAGAAGAUUGAGAAUACAUUAGUGAGGAACCCACUCAUUCAGCAAGUCUUUGUCUAUGGAGACAGCACCAAGGCCAAUCUUGUUGGUAUUGUGGUGCCUGACCCGGAAUCAUUUCCUGCAUUUGCAGCCAAGUCUGGGGUUAAGGGGUCACUCCGUGAAAUUUGUCAAGACAAGAAGGCAAAAGAUGCACUCCUGGCAAGGCUCCAGGAGUACGGAAGGAGAAAGGACCUCCUUGGCUUCGAGGAGAUGAAGGAUAUCCGGCUCCACGAUGAACCCUUCAGUGAACAGAAUGGUCUCCUAACCCCCUCUCUCAAGAACAAGAGACCCGACAUUGCAAAGGAGUUUGAGGAAGAGAUCCGAGAUAUGUACACCACUCUGGAUUAAAUGGUGGAAGUUGUUUGUUGUUUAGUAUAGGUGCUCGAGUUGAAUGGCUAGGGAGAGAAAGAGAAUUUUUGAAAUAGAAAGUGAAUGAGGGAGAGAGAGAGAGAUAGAGAGAGAUAGAGAAGGGGGAGGGAGAGAGAGAGUGUGUGAUUGUGUAUGUUUGUAGGAGAAAAUAUAUUGAGUGUAUGAGAGAGAGAGAGAGAGAGAGAGAGAGAGAGAGAGAGAG